AACCAUCAAGACCAGAACCAAUUACAACAUCAAAGAUGUCCCCUUUAAGUGCUGAUUAGAGAGGGAGGGGUCAGAGUGAGGGAGGAGGACAGCAGAGCAUGAUGGGAGUGUGUGUUUCCUCUCGCUGAGGAGACACUUUGUGUCUGACAGCAUGACGACAGCCUGAGAGAGAGAGCUCCGUCUCCACGGUAACCGCAUCCCUUCAGCCUCCUUCAUCGUCGGUCUUGCUGCUUGUUGCCACCAACCAGCCCGCUCAGGAUGGGAGAUAAAGGAACCAGAGUAUUUAAGAAGGCCAGUCCCAAUGGAAAGCUCACCGUCUAUCUGGGGAAGAGGGAUUUUGUGGAUCACAUGGACCUGGUGGAACCUGUUGAUGGCGUCAUCCUGAUUGACCCUGAGUACCUGAAGGAGAGGAAAGUGUUUGUGACGCUGACGUGUGCUUUCCGGUACGGCCGUGAGGACUUGGAUGUCCUGGGAUUGACCUUUCGUAAAGACCUGUUUGUGGCCAAUGUGCAGGCAUUUCCUCCACUGCCAGAAGAGAAGAAGCGUCUGACUCGUCUUCAGGAACGUCUGAUCAAAAAGCUUGGAGAACAUGCCUACCCAUUCACCUUUGAGAUCCCUCUGAACCCGUGUUCUGUCACCUUGCAGCCGGGACCUGAUGACACGGGGAAGGCAUGCGGUGUUGACUUUGAAGUGAAAGCGUUCUGUGCUGAAAACGCAGAGGAAAAGAUCCACAAAAGGAACUCGGUCCGUUUGGUGAUCAGGAAGGUCCAGUAUGCGCCAGAGAAACCAGGACCUCAACCAACAGCAGAAACCACCAGGCAGUUUCUGAUGUCAGACAAACCGCUGCACCUGGAAGCUUCACUGGACAAAGAGAUCUACUACCACGGAGAACCAAUCAGUGUCAAUGUUCACGUCACCAACAACACCAACAAGACGGUGAAGAAGAUGAAGAUCUCAGUGCGACAGUACGCCGACAUCUGCCUCUUCAACACUGCCCAGUACAAAUGUCCCGUGGCCACCGAGGAGACCGAUGACGUCGUUGCUCCAAGUUCCACUUUCUGUAAAGUCUUCACCCUCACUCCAUUCCUGGCCAACAACCAGGAGAAACGAGGCCUUGCUCUAGAUGGAAAACUGAAACAUGAGGACACCAACUUGGCAUCCAGCACACUGUUAAAGGAAGGAGCCAAUAAGGAGAUCCUCGGUAUCAUCGUAUCGUAUAAAGUCAAGGUGAAGCUGGUCGUGUCUCGAGGCGGACUCCUGGGAGAUCUGGCUGCCAGCGAUGUUUCGGUUGAACUGCCCUUCACACUGAUGCACCCAAAACCACCUGAAGAAUCCAUCUUCAGAGACGGUGCAGAUGAAGCUCCGGUCGACACAAACCUGAUCCAGUUUGACACACAUGAUGAUGACAUCAUCUUUGAGGACUUUGCCCGGCAGCGGCUGAUUGGGAUGAAGGAUGAAGAAGAUGAGGAGGCCACAGACUGGACCAAACAGGAAGACAGAUAAAGACAAAGCUGUCCACCGCCGAUGCCCCCUGUAGGUCAUAGUGUUCUCCUUCAUGUUUGUCCUUUCUGCAUCCUGUCUGGUUGUAAAAAGCCAAAUUUGGCUUCCUAAAUGUCAGUAGUGUUUUCAGACGGCGCAGAUCUCCUCUGCACUGCCAUCUGGUGGGCUGAAUCAGUGGCUGCGGCAGUGUAACGGCAGAUGGUAGCAUGCCCUAAAACUCACCUUGUCUUUUCUGUUGGAAGUGUUGUAUCCAAGGAGGUGUUCAAACUGUCAAAACACUGCCAUGUGGAU